AUGUGGCACAGGCGACUAGGACAUGCAAGUUUUUCUCUGCUGAACAAGCUUGUUGCAAAGGACUUGGUCCAAUUUGUGGGCUGCCAAAUGUCAAGUUUAAAGAUCUCAAGGUCCUUGCUUGAGAAAACUCCUUAUGAAUUGCUAAAUGGGAGAAAGCCCAAGCUGACCUACCUAAGAGCCUUUGGAUGCAAAUGUUUUGUUCACAACAAUGGUAAGGAAACUUUGGAAAAAUUUGACGCAAAGAGUGAUGAAGGAAUAUUUCUUGGUUACUCUUCUCAUAGCAAGGCAUACAAGGUCUGCAACAAAAGAACUCAGUGUGUAGAAGAAAGUGUGCAUGUGAUCUUUGAUGAAUCAAAUGAAUUGGGUGACAAGGGGACACACGAUGAUGAAGAUGUAGAUGGGGAGUUUUCAAAGGCUCCUGAUAAAACUAUUGAAAUCUCCAAUGGAAAUACUGAAUUGAUAGGUCAAGUCAAGCAGGGCAAUAAAAGAGAUGGAGUAGAAUCUCCGUAA